GUCGUUUAUUCCCAUCCUCAGUCAGGCCCGUUAAUAGAUGUCAGAGAAAAUUGAGCGGCGUGCAGAGAUAAACAUGGAGCGAAAUGUUGGGUCACUUCAGGAGCAGGCCCUCAAGAGAAAGGAGAGGUUAAAAGCACUAAGAGAUAAACAACUUCAUGGACGAGAGCAGGACGAUGGGGAGCCAGAGAAGAAAAAAGCUUCAUUAGGGGAGACCACGGAGGAGAGGCACAGAGAGCUGAAGCUGAGGAAUUACACUCCAGAGGAUGAAGAGCUCAAGGAGAGACAAGUGCCUAAAGCCAAACCAGCAUCAGUGGAGGAUAAAGUUAAAGACCAGUUAGAGGCAGCUAAUCCAGAGCCCAUCAUUGAAGAAGUGGAUUUGGCCAACCUCGCCCCGAGAAAACCAGACUGGGAUCUGAAGCGCGAUGUGGCAAAGAAACUGGAGAAGUUGGAGAGGAGAACACAGAGAGCCAUCGCUGAGCUCAUCCGGGAUCGUCUGCGAGGCAGCGAGGAGGAGUUGGCUGGAGCAGUGGGAGCGGUAGGAGCAGAGGAGGGAGACUCGGACUGAAUCCAAGAUGUGACAGUUACAAAAAAAAAAAACAGAAGACUAUGGCGAAUGAGUGGAACACCACAGUGAUGACCUGACUUCACAUGGACUGUACCAUCACAUCUGCGUUGUGUUUAGAGGUGGCUGUUUUCAUCGCUGCAGGGUGUAAAGUUUCCCAUCAGGUCUUCAUUUAAGCCCUACCUUAUGUUAUUGUAUUAUUACAUAUGAAUAUGUAGUAGUACAUUCUGUAUAUGUGGUUAGUUGAGGUGCAUUGUUAAUGCAAUCAUCAAUAUUUUGUUGUAUUUUUUUAUAUUUUCAAGUAAAAUAAUGUGGAGUUUUCAAA